AUGUCAGGUAAAGUUGGAGAACAAGAAAAGGUUGUAUGGCCUCGGAAGAGUGAUGACUACGAACUGCGUGAAUUGAUAGGUCAAGGUGCUUCUGGUUCUGUUUAUGCUGGUUAUUGCAAACCCAUUAAGCAAACAUGUGCCGUUAAAUGUAUCAAUCUGGAAAUGUGUGGUAUUAAAUUAAAUGAAAUCCAGCGAGAAAUCCAACUAAUGAGUCAAUGCAAUCAUACUAACGUCACUAACUACUAUACUACAUUCGUGGUAAAAGAAGAAUUAUGGCUCGUUAUGAGAUUGUUAGCUGGUGCUGGUAUUUUAGAUGAAGUUGUUAUAGCCACUCUGCUACGUGAUGUUUUGAAGGGUUUAGAGUAUUUUCACAACAACAAUCAGAUUCAUCGAGAUAGUAAAUCUGCUUGCAUACGGUGUAAUAUGAUCUUGUCGAUUCUAUCGGUAGACUUUGGAGUUAGCAAUUGGCUUAGUGAGGAAUCCGAUAGAUCCAAGCAGAAAGUAAGAAAAACAUUUGUUGGCACACCAUGUUGGAUGGCACCCGAAGUUGUAGACUUGGGAUCUGGAUAUAACAGCAAGGCUGACAUCUGGAGUAUUGGAAUAACUGCUAUCGAGUUAGCAACUGGAACCGCUCCAUUCUCGAAAUAUCCGGCGAUGAAGGUACUGAUGUUAAUAUUGAAUAACGAUCCGCCAACUAUUGAAACGAAUCAAGAUGAACAUAAAGAAGACCUAAAGAAGUACUCCAAAGUUUUUCGAAAGAUGGUAGAAUCAUGCCUUCAGAAGGAACCUACUCGGAGGCCCGAUGCUACCGAACUGUUAAAGCAUCCAUUUUUUAAGAAAGCAAAGGAUAAGGAUUAUAUUAAAGAGCAUCUCCUUAAUAAAGCUCCUACAUUAGAAGAAAAAGAGAAUAAGAUGAAAGUUAAGAAAAGGGACUACAGACGUGGAGCGAGCGGUGUACUCCAUCGAGCCGAAGAUGGAAGUUGGACUUGGUCGGAUGGGGAGGACUUUGAUGAAUCCUCUGCUGGGGCUGUGUCAAAUCUGGAGAAGAAACAACCGUCUCGGCAAGAACCAAAGCCAGUUUCUGAAUCCUCCCGUUCAGUAGGGUUUAUUAAACCGACUAACGAUUUUGUUACUCUUAGGUUAAUGAUAUAUUACAUUUACCAUUGCUAUUUGGAAGCCUUGAAAUUAAUAAAUACUAUUGAAAGUAUAACUAAUGAACUAGAAUCAGCCGGCUUAGUUGGCAAGCAAGAUCUUCAAUCUGUUGCAAUGGCACUGGAUAAAGCAAUUAAGUCUUUUCAGACGAUAAAGUCAUUGAGAUUUCCAAUGGUAAUUGGUCCGGAUGUUGUAAAAGAUGAAGGACGCUUAAUUGGAUGCGGACAAAUUGAUAUUGUAAAGGUGUUAUAG